AUGGGAUGGGAAUGUGGGGAAGCUCGGGACGCCCGAAGCGCCGAGUCGUGCGUUGCGACGGGAGGCAGAGAGCAGCAGCGGCCAUAACACUCCUUCCUCCGCCGCCUCCGUCUCCCGGCCGUCUUUCCGCUCCGGGGCCGGAACUCCGCCGCGGCCCGCCGGGCGCCGGGGGCACCGCCCCGCGGAGCGCCGCCGGAAGGGCGGGCGGAAGAGGCGGGCGGCGGCGCGGUGCGCACCAUGGUGGCCACCAGGCGGGCGACGCGGCGGCGGGAGGCGGGGACGGCGGCAGCCGGGGGUGACGGACCCGGCGGCGCGACGGAGACUGUAUCUGCUGAAAUUGGUACUUCAGUAUCUACGAGGAUGUCCAGAAGGAGUAAAGCAGUUUGUAAACCUGCUGUAAUUCGGGAAUCUCAGCUGGAAGAGGUGGACCAUGCAGGAACAAAACCAGAUGUCAGUGAUAGCACAGAGAUGCAGAUUAGUAGAAAUGAGAAUACAGCUGUUCAUUCAGCACAAUCAUCUGCCGAUCCACAGGCUGAUGGAGAUGUGUCAGAGGCAGAAUCAAACUGUUCUGCUGUGUCUGGUCUUCAGACACCUCUGUUUAUAAGAGUAACGAGAAGGCGACAGAUUGUAGUUCCUUAUCAACCAGCUUCCCCUUCGAAAAAAAGACAUAACAGGACUGCUUUUCUAAAUGAGUUAAGCAGAACUGUGGAUGAAGAUGAUGUCUCUGAAGCUGAGUCUUGCUCCUCUGCUGUUUCUGAUGUCCGGAUGCCUAAUUCUACCAAAACUACGAGAAAUAGGCAAAGCAGGAAGAAGUUGCAGUCAGAUCUUGUUUGUGAAGCCCAGAGUGAAGAUAUCUCUGAUGCAGAGUCAUGUUGUUUUCAUCAGGAGCCAUCCAUUACUGCCAAACGAACUACUAGGAGCAUGCAAAUGAAACUGCAAGCAGAAAAUACUCAGCAUGCUGAGAAAGUAAACAAGAUUGUUUCAGAACCUCAGAAUGUAAUUGAGGACACAAUUAAAUCUGAGUCAGACCUAAUUUCUGACUCUAGCCCUGCUGCAGGAUUUAACAUAGAAGUUGCUUCCUUUGUCACUGAGUGUAAUAAAGAAUCUGGUUCACCUAAGAGCGAAUGUUCUCCCAAGUCUGCUAAUGUAAUCCCUAAUGAAGGUGUGAAACAGAACUUUUUGAAUGAUAUGGCACCUAGUAGUCCUGAAAAAAUGGGAAAAAAAAGUACUGAAUCACCAGUAAAAAAAGCUUUAACAGAUACUCUGGUUGUUGAGGUAGAUGAUUCAGAGGAAGAAAGUGGCCAGAUGCAGGAAGAGCACAGUAAAGUACCAGGGAAGGUGACGUUGAAGAUUAUGGAUGUUUGUUUGACGGACUGCAUGAGUCCCAAAGUGUUUUUAGAAUCCCCAGGGGAAAUAAUACCAAAUGAAAAUGAAGCAGUGCCAGGAAACAGAAGAGUAGAUGCUGAGGCAGCUGUUGAGAGAACUUCCACCCACACCUGUGAAUUAAGAAAGGAUGAACAGUCUAGAGGAGCAAGCAGCCCAGGGAAGGAUGUGUCUGUUGCACAAAUGACUGAUAGCAUAAUUAGUAGCUGUAGAAUGGUUGGAAUCGGUGUAGACAGCAGUGAAGACCAAACAAGAGAAUGUGCUGAAUUUGUAUCCCGCAGCAGUGAAAGAUCCAGUGAUGAAAAUGAUUCCUUUGCAUUGUUACUGAGCAAAGAUGGAAGCGGUGAAUCUGAGAACUGUGACGCGACAGAAGAGAAUCUGAGUGACACAGAGGCAGAAGGGAGGACUCCUUCCGUAAACAAAUCUUCAGAAAAGAAUUCACUGCAUGUUGAAGGCCUUUUUGUAAUUGAUACUGAGCCUGGCAUGGGUUCCAGCCGAAAGUAUUACCUGGAUCAGGUAGAGCAAGGUAGUGAUGUUGAAAGUAAGAAUGAAGGGAGUGAAAAAGAAGAAUCCUCAGAUCUAGAGGAGGCUGAAGAGGAACUAAUAGAUGAAGAUGAGAAAGAUGAAGAUGAUGACUUGUUGAAAAACAAAAUUGAUGUUUUGCAUCUUUCCAGCAGCAUAGACCCCGGUUUGAAUAUCAGGAAGCUUGGAGGUUUAUAUAUUAGCUUUGAUGGAAAAAAACAAAAACCUAGUACAAGUGUAAUUAAGCAACUGAAGGAGAAAAAGAAGGACCAGCUCUUGCAGAAGAGUAUAAUAACUCCAGAUUUUGAAAGAAAGGAAUGUGUCCCACCCCUCAGGGAGUCGCUUCAGCAGCUAAAGAAACAACGCAGAGCAGAGCGAGAGAAGACAACAGGUGACGGCUGGUUUGGUAUGAAAGCCCCAGAAAUCACAAGUGAACUGAAAAAUGAUCUUAAGGUGUUGAAGAUGAGAGCUGCUUUGGACCCCAAACAUUUUUAUAAGAAGAAUGAUAGAGAUGGUCUGCCCAAAUACUUCCAGGUUGGAACUGUGCUUGAUUCUCCCAUAGACUUUUACCACAGUCGGAUUCCUAAGAAACAGAGGAAGAAAACAAUUGUUGAAGAGCUGCUUGCAGAUUCUGAGUUUAGAAGAUAUAAUAAAAGGAAGUAUCAGGAGAUCAUGAGUGAAAAAGCAGCUUAUGCAGCAGGGAAGAAGAAUCGGAAGAAGAAGAAAUUUCACAAUUAAGACUUGAAGAAAAAUAACAAGCUGGAACCACUUAUUUGUCAUAAAUCUUUUCUCAGAUUGCUUUGAUUCGUGGUGUGUUUUUUUAUUUUUAUUUAUUUUUUUAUUUUAAGACUAAAGGUGAUGUAAAUUGAAAGUUAAGGAAUUCAUUGCAGUAAGAAUUUGGUAGAAGCUUUAUCAAAUUAAUCAGGUAUCUAAAAUUGUGUUUAUAUGAAAGACUGAUGAAAAGUACUGUUUAUUUUAGAAGUUAAUGACUUGAAAGCAUGUUGUUUAAUCUGAGCACAACAUCCAACUUAAUGGGUUACAGCCUGAUCAGUUUUCAGUCUUAACGUGAAUGAAGUAGCAAAUAUAGAUCUAAGAUAGGUGUAUAAUUCGCAUUUGGCACCUGUUUGUAUUGCAGAAAAUUUUACCGCAUCUUGUCAGAAUGCUGCUGGCCAAAUAUGUGACAGGGUGUUGAGCAUUAGCUUGGUUGUAGAGAGCUUAUUUCACUGUAGAGAGUUUAUUUCAACAGUGAACAUGGCAGAGUUGAGAAUGUCCCAGAAUUCAGCAUAAAUGCAUAUACUUACGUGCAUACACAUAUAUAAAUAGUAUAUAUAAAUUUAAAAUAUAUAACAUUUAUUAAUAAAUAAAUAAAUAUAUGCAAUAAAUAAUGUGUAUUCGUACACAAAAAUUUAAUAUCCAGUCUUAGAUCACUUACGCCUUACCAUAUGAUUGUUUAAUGAUUUUAGUGACAAUAAUUUGGUAGUUGGGGCCAUUACUAGGAUACACUAUCCAGACUGUGAUCUGACAGCUGUUAGAAUAGUUCUUCGGGAAAAUGGACAUGGUGUGUUUGGUAGAACUAAAGACAGUAUCAGUUCCGUUUCUUUUCUGUGUCAGUUCAUAACUUCUUGUGGCCGUUAAGUGUUGGGCUGUUUGUUUGCUUUUUAAUGACCUUGUUCUUGUAUUGCUGUUUCAGUUAGUACAAUCAGUUACUGUCCUUAGAUAGCAGAAACUAGAAGAGGGAGAACUAUCGCUGCAUUAUCUUGGAUGAACUGAGUGAGGCAAACUUAGACAAGGUUAUCAAGAGUCCAGCGAUGUUCAUGCUUUAUUAUAAGAAGAAUGAAUUUCAGAGGUUGCAGAUUGUACGCAAGAAGGAUGUUCUUGACCAGUGUUUAACCAUAUAAUUUUUCACUCUGCUGGGUAAAUAGCUGGGGGGCAGGGUGUUUGUUCAACAAUCAGCAGUUCGUGCUGGAGAGAGAUGAAAUUGGCAUGUACUGAUCACCAGCUGAAGUUUGACAGAAAAUUUCCCGUGAUUGUGUAGAUUUUCUUGUAUUUCUCUGAAGUUAAUCGUAAAUCGUUAAUCGUGCUGCCAAACACAGAUGGAAAUCUGGAUUUUUAUAAGUUCUCAGUUGCCUGGAGAUAAGUGGUGCACAAAGUGAAGUGAAUUUGUUUGAAGUGUUGAACACCAUAAAAAGUAGAACCACCUGGCCCCAGGUCUCAGCUAACGCAUAGAUAUUCCAAUACAAUCCUACGUGCUACAGUCUUGAACCUGUAAAUGAUAAUGCCAAUAAAAACAACUAUGGUGUCUUGUUCUCUGGAUGGGAAAUGCAAGAAGAAAAAAAGGAAUGCUGAACACUGAGGAAAGAAAACAAGCCACCACAGUAGUUGUCAUUUUGUUGCAUCCCAAACUUCAGGAAAGCAAUGUGCUGCUCUGAAAGACCUUCAAAAAGAAAAGUGAGCUUUGGUUGUACACUGCAAGCAACAGCUUCAUGUCUGUUGCUCAGUCUGCUCAAUAGCUUACUGCAGAUCUUAAAACAGUUUAUGUUUAACAUUGCUAGUGAAGGAUUUUUAUGUUCUGUAUCCUUCCCUUUCCUUCAGAUGUUCUAACAUCUGUUGUGCCACGUGCUGUGCCCAGCAUGUGCCUGUGUUCUCUGUGAGCAAGAGGUGAGUUGAGCUGGCCAGCAUGUGCGGUGGUUGCCUGCUUGCUGUCAUUGCCCCAGCUUGCGCUUCAUCCUGUCAGGGAGAGUGUUGGUGGUGUGUUGUCUCCCAGCUACUGAUUUUCCUAGAAGUAUAGAACAUAAUGCUUCAGACUAUUGAAUUUGUUUACAAAUGAUAAAUUUUAAGUUGCUGGGGAAAAAAAAAAGAUUGCAUAAACUUAUCAGAUGUCUCUGACAGUACUAAAAAAAAAAUAUUGUGAAACAUUGGUGUAGUUUGAGAAACAAUUCGCUUACAAAUUACAAGUAUUUUCUUGUAACUGCUGUCAAAUAUUUGUAUUUUAUUGAUACAAAAUGUUACAAUUCUUUCCGGGAUUAAAGAGCAAUUGGAAUGUUUAUAAGUCUAUGUAUGCAACUACAGCUGUUUUGGAUGUCACUGGGAUGUUCUGUGUGGGUAGAAUUCCUUUCUCCUUCACGCUCCCCUGGCUGAGCCUGUGUUUCCCAUGCCGUUGGACAGGGAGCAGCUGAAGUUGCUGCUGCAGCUAGCUCAGUUUGUCUCCUGGGUGCUGCAGCUGGGGCUGUCUGGCUUCCAAACGGCUUAAGCUGCGAGGACAGAGCUGUUGUUAUUGGUGCGGUACCGCUAGCAGACAUGCUUAGUCUGCAUGCAGAAGUAAAAUUUACCAUUUUUCUUUGCUGUGUGCUUAUUGCUCAUGUCUUCCAUUCUUUGGGAUAACCUCCCUGUAUCCACUUAGUCUCCUUAGGACUGAAGCUUUCUAAUGGUCUGUCCCAUUUAUAUCGCUUGCUGCAAUUCUUGGUCAUAUUCCAGCUGAUUCUCUUACUGCAUUCAGGCAGUGAGUACAUUGCCUUAGCAUUCCUCAGAGCACGCUUUGCACAGUCGUCUUGCAGAACGUGUCCCUGUGCUGCCUGCUCUGCCCUGUGUGCUAAUAUGCAGGAGCUCCUUGCUUCUUCAGCAUGCAAUUCUUUCUAUUAGGCUUUUGUCAUGUAGUAGUCACUUAAAUAUCACUUCCAGUAUGCAAAGGUCUGUAUGUAAAAGCCUCUGCCUUCCAUCUUUUUGCUGGGAACUAGGCAAGUUGGAUGAGACUGUCCUUAAAUAAAAAAAGUGGACAGGAAUAGCGUUCAGGUAACUGGAUUGCUGGCGAUGACUGAACAGGGAGGAGGGCUUUGCUGUCUCACUGGUGUUGCUGCUUGGUAUGGGAUUCAUGUUGGAGAUCGGUGAUAGCUGUUUGUUGUAGGUUCUGGCAAAAUUGAAUGUUUCAGCAAAGGGCUGCGUGCAUUUUGUAGCUAGGGAGCAUUCCAGAAUGGGUCUCUACACUGUAAAUCAGCAAUGGCUAACGUUAUAGAUGGCAUGCUUUUCAGUUGGAAAAAGAGGCUAAAGGCACAUAUGCAGGAUAGAAAUGCAUUUUUAAUAUUUUUCAAUUAAAUAUACAACUUAUGAAUCAAAUCACGAAUGUUUUUAUCAGCCACGAAUCCAUCACAGAUGUAUUUCAGUCCAAUACAGUCAUGAUUUGUUUGCUGCUGCUGUUUGCAUUUUCCUGUCCACGCUUUCCAUUCAUUUUUUAUGCUGUUACUAAAAUGGCUCUUUAUUUAGAGGGUAGGUGUAGGUUUUAUUAAUUCAAGCGUUCAGUGCUGUGGGCGAGCAGUGCUCGGAUUGCUGUGCAAAACUCUUUUCUGAAAGCUGUUCUGGAAACGUAGUAGCUUACGGCGGUUUGCCGACGCAGUUAGUUUGCCAAAGAUGGUGCUGUUGUAGAGGUUUGCUUGGUGGCUCGCUUUUUACUUUUUUUUUUUUUAUAUAUACCCACUCUUUGCACGAGCAACCCUAGGGGGGCUGCGCGCUGCCGCUCCUCAGCAUCUGCACGGCCGGCUGCCGCUUGUGCCCGCGCGCUUCGCGGCUCCGUUGUCGCGCGCCGCCGACCGUUGGUGC